AAUAAAAUUUGUUGUAAGAAAUUCAUAUAAAUAAAAUUCAAUAUUCUUUUUACAACUAGUAUAGAAUUUUUUAAAGUAAACUCAUCAAGGAAUCAACAUAACAUAAUCGAGUGGCAAAAUGAAUUUUUUUUUACUUUUGAUGUCAAUGAUGUCUUUAAAAGUAGUCUUAAGUGAUAACGCAAAAAAUUUAUUCUGUUUCCAUACUCAGUAUUUUCUAAACUUUUUUAACCAUAAUGAAAGAUUUUUGUUAGAGAUCGAAAAAAAUGAAGAUUAUAUCACAAUCGAAAAUCUAACAAAUUAUGGCAAGGCACUUCAAACACACGGUAAAGUAAUUAUGUUAUUUUUGAAUAACUUGAAAAACAGUUAUAAAAGCAUUUUUCCUUGUAGUUUAAUCACGGUAAAUAUGUACUUAAAUAACAUUUCUGGUUCUUUAAAUAUGAUUGCUCUAAACAAUGAUGGUGAAAAAAAUGAUGCCAUAAAAUUAUUAAAAGGCUACAAGAUUAUACAUCUUGCAGUUAAAGAACAACUAACAAAUUACAUAUGUGGAUAUUGUAAAAAUGUACAGUUUGAUGAUAAUUUGGUUAGUUGUAGUUAUCCAAUAGUUAAUAACAAUUAUACUACUGUUAAUCUAGUAAACAUAAAUAAUUAUCUCAAGUAUAAGAUUAUAAUGAAGUUUAAUUAUAAAAAUAAAAGUAACUUUUACAAAAAUUAUCAUCCAAAAACUUUUUUGUUUUACAAUAUAAUGACCCAACAGAUUCUCUACAACGAAAAUAAUACUAUAGAAAUAGAUGAUAGUCAACACAUAGAAUUAAAUCAACUUCGUUUCACUCCACUUAACAUCAGAUGCACUGACGGUACUCGUUUAACUAUACAAGAUGUAUUUCAGUAUAUGAUAUAUGAUUUUAAUUCUAAGGAUGUUCAAGCGUAUAUAAAGAUAAUACUUGUGGCUACAUUUCGACCUUUAGCUAUUCUAAUUCGCAACUUUUUAACCUUAAUUCAAGUUGCGUCUUCAGAAAACUCAGAUAAUGUAAAAUUUUGGUUAAAACCUAAUUUUAUUGAAAUGGGUAAAAAAAUAAUGCAAUAUUUAUUAAAAUUUAUUUCUCUCCCCAUGUUGAUGUAUAAACGGACAUUUCUACAAGACAACGUCUUAAAUGAAUUUUUUAUCGUUUUAAGCAAUUAUGCUAAAAAAAAAAAAUUGUCCGAAUUAGAUAAUAAAACUAAUGAAACAUUAAUUAAAACACUAUCGAAUUUCUUCAUGAAAAACAGUAUACACUUUACAAAUCAUAUAGAACUAACCAAUAAAAAGAUUACUGAAAAUAAUGCUGAUCAAAUUAAAAAUCAAUUAAAACAAAUCAUGAAAAAAUUGAAUAUCUAUAUGAAAGAUUUGACAAAAUGGGAAAAAAAUUUUGAAUUUAUUGUAAACAAAUUUAGGGUGCGGUCUUUCAAUGUGGCACAUUUGAAAAAAAUUAUUGAUUUUAAAAUUUUAGAUCGUAUUUGUAAUACUGAAGCACAUUCUGAAAUAUAUAGUUUUAUUACGAAACAUAGUAACAAAACUGAUAUAGAUUAUUAUAAAGAUGUAGAAUAUGUGGAUGAUAAUAUUACAGAAUUUAGCUUAGAGAAUCUAAACUUUGACCAAAAUGAAAAUUAUAUCAAUACAAAUGACUUCACUGUAAAUCAAUCAACUCAUAAUCCUCAUUAUAUGAUUGAUUAUUUGCCGUACGACGUGUAACGUGAAAUAUUUAAAACUGUUUUGAAUAUUAAUACUUAAAAUCAUAAUUACUUAUUUAAAAAAAUUUUAUUUUUUCCAUUUUACGUUUGAUAUUUUUUAUUGGUUAAACAAAAAUUUUUAUUAGUGCAAUAUAACAUUUAUCAAACAAGCAAAUAUUCUAUUACAAUAAAAAAACUGUUAAUUGUAUUUAUUUUCAGUGUGU